AUGGGAGUCUUCUCAUGGCAUCUAAUCCCAACAGCAAAGUAUAUGUUGGACAAAAAACUGGAACCUUUGAUGAAGGAGUAUAGCUUGGACAUGCAAUAUCUUCCAUAUGUCAACAAGUACCUGCAACCCUUGUGGGAGCAUGUUGUGCAGCUGUCUUGUGCAUCAGAUAAUAACUCAGAGUUGGAGUUGGAUGAACUUCAAGUUCCUGAUAACAUCUUUGAUGGUACACAUGACCCUUGGAUGGUACUAGGCUUUGAUGUAAUGGGUUCUGGCAAUAAUGACACACAGAGAGGACAUGUUUCUCCAUCAUGGCAGGGAUCCCUAGAAGCCAACAUUCAGGAACCUGCAGGAAUGGAGGCAUUCACAGCUAUGCUAUGUAACCUGAGGCUUUUGAAAGAUGAGGUGCAGUUGGGAGUGGUUGUGAAAUUCCUUAAACUGAGGAAGUACCUUAACUCCUGUGGUUUGGAUGCAUCCAAUUGUUUCCACCAUUCAGAUGGUCACAAUUGGCCAUGUCUUGAGGAUGCAAGGGAAAGCACCCUAAGACACAUACUGGGAGAUGGUGGUUCAUUGAAGCCAUCAAAGUCAGACAAGGUUGAGGCAAUAAAGGAUAAACUUCUUGAUAUGCUCAAUCACCCAUAUGAUCUGAUGUACUCAGGGAAGCUCAAAUUACACUACGAGUGGUUGCCUUGGUAUACUCUCAAGAAAGACCUGGAGAAGCACAGGUUUGCACUGGUCAAUUGGCUGGCUGGAGUUCUCCACAAAUGUGGUGACAGAGGAAUCCAUGACCUGAGUGCUGUGGAAGUGAACAAACUCUACAAGGCUGUUACAUGUCUGACAAAACUCACCAUCUACAUAUUCAUCACUGCCCACUCACAUUGA